AUGAGGCCUGAGAACCAGAGCAGCGUGUCCGAGUUCCUCCUCCUGGGGCUGCCCAUCAGGCCAGAGCACCAGGGUGUUUUCCUUACCCUGUUCCUGGGCAUGUAUCUGGCCACGGUGCUGGGCAACCUGCUCAUCAUCCUGCUCAUCAGGCUGGACUCCCGCCUGCACACACCCAUGUACUUCUUCCUCAGCCACUUGGCCUUCUCUGACAUUUCUCUGUCAUCUGUCACUGUCCCUAAGAUGCUGAUGAACAUGCAGACUCAUCACUUCUUCAUUUCCUACCCAGGGUGUAUUUCUCAGUUGUAUUUUUAUAUAUUUUUUGCUUGUGUUGAUAAUCUUCUUCUGGCAGUGAUGGCAUAUGACAGGUAUGUGGCCAUCUGUCACCCUCUACACUAUAACACCAUCAUGAGGGAGGAGUUGUGUGUGCUGCUGGUGACUGCCUCAUGGAUUACCUCAUGUGCCCAUGCCCUGUUGCACACUGUCCUCUUGGUCGGAGUCAUGAGGCCUGAGAACCAGAGCAGCAUGUCUGAGUUCCUCCUCCUGGGGCUCCCCAUCAGGCCAGGGGAACAGGGCGUGUUCUUCACUCUGUUCCUGGGCAUGUACCUGACCACAGUGCUGGGCAACCUACUCAUCAUCCUGCUCAUCAAGCUGGACUCCCGCCUCCACACACCCAUGUACUUCUUCCUCCGCCACUUGGCCCUCACUGAUGUCUCUUUCUCAUCUGUCACUGUCCCAAAGAUGCUCAUGAACAUGCAGACUCAGCAACAAUCCAUCCCCUAUGUGGGAUGCAUUUCUCAGUUGUAUUUUUUCAUACUUUUUGGUAGUGUUGACAAUUUCCUUCUGGCAGUGAUGGCAUAUGACAGGCAUGUGGCCAUCUGUCACCCUCUACACUAUAACACCAUCAUGAGAGAAGAGUUGUGUGUGCUUCUGGUGGCUGUCUCAUGGAUUAUUGCCUGUGCCCAUGCACUGUUGCACACUGUCCUCCUGGUCCAACUCUCCUUCUGUGCCAACAAUGUCAUCACCCACUUCUUCUGUGACCUCACUGUGCUCCUGAAGCUCAGCUGCUCAGACAUCUCCCUCAAUGAGCUGGUCAUCCUCACUGAGGGAGGAAUUAUUUCUUUUCUGCCUUUGUGUAUUGUUUUGGGCUCAUAUAUCCGUAUAGGCACCAUCAUCCUGAGGGCUCCCUCCACUAAGAGACUCGUGAAAGCCUUCUCUACCUGUGGCUCCCAUCUCUUCGUGGUGUGUUUAUUCUAUGGGACAAUUGUAGGUGUUUACUUUUUGUCCUCAUCAUGGGAUUCUAAAGAUGUAAUUGCUUCGGUCAUGUACACGGUAGUUACCCCCAUGCUGAACCCCUUCAUCUACAGUCUGAGGAACAGAGAUGUAAAGCAGGCCUCAGAAUAUUUGUUAACAGGGUUAAAAAAUUUAAUAUAUCAACCAGCUCAUCAACAGCAGCUGUGCGUGGAAGUCCUCCUGGAAAAUGCCAUCCAGUUGCAGGCUUUCCUGACCUGUCCUGGAGGCCCUGGAGAUGAGCAGGCUCAGCAAUUGUUUGCCUUUGAGUGGCAGAACCCAGAGACGAAAGCCAAGCCCCAAUACUGCUGGACUGUGCUGCCACAAGGAUUUAAGAACUCCCGGACAAUAUUCGGGUCUGUCUACCCCUCUGAUGAGCCCCUGCACCCAUUCCAGCCAGGGGACCAGGUCCUACUAAAGACCUGGAAGAGCCAAGGCCCUGAACAGCAGCUGUCUGAACAAUGGACUGGUCCCUACGAUGUGCUGUUGACAACACAUUCCUCCCUGAAGCUGAUGGGAAUUAAGCCCUGGAUUCACCACACACGGGUAAACAGGGAGAUGAAGACCCUGCUGCUGCAGCUGAGGCAGAAAGGGCAAGUUGGACCUGCACUCCGGAGGAAGGUGUGA